CGUGGGUGUGACUAUUAUAAUCUGCGUCAUCAUUUACUCUAGUUUCUGGUUUUGUAUCUUCACGAAGAACUUUAUCUUUAUUCUCAAGGUUAAGAGGGAGACUUGAAGACUAUUUAUUUCCUUUUUGCAGCCAACGAGAACUCUCCUGUCCCUGUCACAGAAAAGUCCUGUUCUUCAAAGCAAAAUGUCCGAUGAAAUUUCUGAUCUUUAUGAAUGUUAUUAUGAUUUUAAUUAUACAGACUAUCCAGUUGAGCCAUUUGUGUUUGAGCACAACCGGAUGUGUUUAAAGGAGCCCUUGUGUCUGACUUUACUGGUGGUCAGUGUGGUCAUAUUCCUGCUGGGCUUCUGCGGAAAUGCUUUGGUCAUCUGGAUUUCUGGCUUCAAGAUGAAAAAGACGGUCAACACCACCUGGUACCUGAGCCUUGCGAUCUCUGACUUCGUCUUCUGCGCCUUCCUCCCGUUCAGCAUCACCAACAUGGCGAUGGAAGAGUGGAUAUUCGGGCGCUUCAUGUGCAAGUUCACCUCCUUCGUUAAGUUUCUCAACAUGUUCAGCAGUAUCUUCCUCUUGGUCGUCAUCAGUGUCGACCAUUGUGUGUCAGUCGUGUUUCCAGUUUGGGCCCAGAACCAUCGCACUGUUAAAAAAGCGUACAUUAUUGUCGUCCUGGCUUGGCUUCUCGCCAUCUCACAGGGCAUUCCCUCGUUGAUCUUUGGGGAUGUUCUAAGUCACCUGGAUAUAACCAUUUGCUACAACGAUUAUUCAUUAUACCAAAACGGUCAAGAGUUAGUUACAGUCAGACCCCUCAUUACAGGUUUUAUUGUCCCUUUCAUUGUCAUCAUCUUCUGCUACUCCAUCAUCAUCCUCAAACUUCGAACCAACAGGAUGACCAAGAACUCCAAACCUUUCAAAGUCAUGACUGCACUCGUCCUUGCUUUCUUCAUCUGCUGGCUGCCCUACCACGUCUUUGUCCUCCUCGAGCUGAACCACCAAAACUACGACCACACCAUUUUAUACACCGGACUCAAAAUAGGCACUUCUAUGGCAGCAGCGAAUAGCUUCCUCAACCCAGUGUUGUAUGUUUUCAUGGGCAACGACUUCAAGGGCUCUGUGCUCUCAAAGAUGGAGCACGCAAUGGCAGACGAAGAAUGCACCACCAGCCGAUACCUGCUCAGGUCCAGCUCCAUGGACUACAGAGCUUCUACACACAUCUAGAGGUGUCAAGUGUAUAUUCACAGUACAUAUGAGCUUUUUUUGUUGCCUUUUUCUGCAUAGAGAAAGCUGUUGCUAAUAUUUGAUGAACAUGCAAGCUUGAGCCUAUAUCUAAACAUGUAUUUAGCUAAUUUUACAUUGCAGAGUAUGUGACAUCGCUCUCAUCCAGCAGUAGUGUCAGCAGUCAGAGCAGUAUUUUUUGCAAGCGAGCAUGAAAUUAUAUGGGGUGGGACUCCUUACACCAUCACGUUUUCAUCACUACUGUAAAUUGUUUGAUUUAUUUGUUAGCAUCAAGUGUGAUUGGAGCUAAAACUUCCAAACACUUUGAAAUCUUUGUUGCUGUUAUCAUCUUGGUCUUGUCUUGGCCUCGAAACACUUCGGUCUUGGUCAUGACUUGGUCUCGAUGUAGGUGGUCUGUAGGUGUUCUUGACUACAAUACUACCACCAGCAAAGAUUUUCUGGAGACUUUCAGUCCACCCCUUGACAAAUAUGUACCUUGCCUGGUGAGUUUGUACCCAGCUAGGAAGGGAGAUUUCAGUAAGAAGAUGGAGGAAAAGCUUGAGGUGAGUUAAGUGCCUGGAGCUAAAAGCAAAAAUUGAGGCAAAAUGAUCCAAGCUUUGAGCCCUUGCUAUGUAGGUUUAGUCUCCACCAAAGUCAUUUUUCCAAAUUGAAAAUAUGAAGUGCUUGGUUGCCUCUUUUUUUAAGGAGGGCAUGAAUACCUUUUUUUUUUCUUAGAAAGAUACAAGAACAGUAUGUGGAAGCAUUGCAAUGUGUUCAUUCUUUGGUGAGCAGUCUGUGCCUUGCAGAAUAAAAUGUAAUGCCUACAGUAUAGUUGCAGACUGCUAGCUCUGUGGUGUGAACAUCAACAUUCAUAUUGUAGGUGUUAACUUUCACAAGUUGAGUAGCAAAAGUUAAAGUUAUAAGUCAGCAUAAAUGCAUUUUUACUUAAAUUAAGUAUCGGUUACUUUCCCUUAGGUUGCUGACUGAGUAUGGUUAUCAUGUUUUGCAGAUGAUACCCAAAUAUAUCAUAAAGAAGAAAAAUUCAAAAUGACAGUUUUUUUUAAAAAUAUUAGCUUAUAUUAACUGCCAUCUGUGGCCUUUUUAGUGCAAGUUCAUUUUCAUGCUAUGAUCAAGUGUUUUGUUUUCCAUGUUUUCACUGACUUUGUUGUGUUGCUUCCUUCAUUUCCUCCGGAUAAGUUUAUAAGUUUAUAAACUGCCUUUCUCUCAUUUAUACUGUGCCUGCCUAACAAUCAUUACGCUUUUGUACAUUUACUUUUGCAACAUUAAACCAUCGCUCUGCACCAGUUCUGCCUUAUAA